GAAAAUAAGUAUUUCCAUAAAGAAAUACGUGCUAUGCACCCAACUUCAACCCUUUUCAACACGGUUUAGUGUUCUUGAAUCUUAAAUCUCUACUUUAUUUCAAAUUGCAUUUCGUAGUUAAAAGUCCAAUUCUCAUUCCUUUUGCUUGUGAUUCAGCCAAUAGAUUUCUUCUAUUUUCGUUUAUCUUGUAAUCCAACCAAUAGAUUUCUUUCAUUUCAUAUAUCUGUCCCCUCACCCUGUCACCGACCGUCUCAAGAUCCACACCUCCCGGUCGUGUUUAUACCAUUAACAUUCACGUUUUACUCUCAACUUUUCAACCCAGAUCCUCAAAUUUGAUGGGUGGUCUGCCUUCAACGCCGCGGUGGGGCGGCGAGGGGCCGCCGGAGACGGCGGAGUAUCUGAUCGGUACAUUUGUUGGUGGGAAAACGUUUCCGGUGACUUCUGAUUACUGGCAUAAGUUACUGGAGCUCCCGUUUGAUCUCCAUUGGCCGGCUAAUCGUGUUGAGCAAGCUUGCCAAACGUUAGCACAAAACAACCGUUCCACAAGGCACCUUGCAAAGAUCUUAAUUCAUUUAACAUGGUGUUUGCAAGAGUCACUUUCUAAUCCAGAUGUGCUGUCAGUGGCUUCAAUGAAGGCUGUAAAUGCAUCUUACAUUUCAUCCGUAUUUUUAAAGUAUUCAAUUGAAAAUUUGAACAGCCAGAACCUUGAUGAUCUGUAUUUAUCUCUAGACGACAGUGAAACACCACCAACCAAUAUCCGUAAAGACGAGAGCAUUAUAAAUAUGGUUAUGCAUGCUGUGCUUAGCUAUAUUGGUAGAGUGGAUGUAAGUCCAAAGACGUAUCUUCUACAUCACGAACUGCUGAACUUCAUGCUCAUUGCUACGUCCACUCAGCUUCUUUCUGGGCCGUCACCCGGACCAAAUGAUGCUCACCCUUUCAUUGAUGCAGCAAUGAGUCAGGAGCAUUUUCUGGUAGGUUCGGUUGUUCAUAAACUGCUGCUUAACUACAUUUCACGGCCACGAUCGAAAAAUAGUGCAUCGUAUACGUUAAUGUCCGAAGAAAAUCAGCUAGGCGUACUGAAGAGAGUUGGUUCUGCUGCUGCAAAUAUAGUGCUACUUCCACUUAGUUACUUUGUCAAUUCAAGUUUUGAAGCUUCUAGAAGUCAACUGGCUGACAGCAGUGUCAAUAUAUUACUUAUUCUCAUUCAUUAUCGUAAAUGCAUUCUUGUGGAAUCUGUGAAAAACAGCAACGUUGGCGUCGGUUCCGAAUCGUUUCUGAAAGAGGAAACUUAUUUCGCUGAAAAUCCGUAUUAUACAGCAUUGGAAAAUGUUAAGAAUGUUGAGUUUGACCGGGUGGAUAUCGAGGGAAAUGCACAUAGUGGUCCGCUUGUUAGAUUGGCCUUUGCUUCUCUCUAUGACACACUUGGCAUGUGCUUGACCGAUGAAACUGCAGUUCUGUUGCUGUAUGCUUUGGUUCAUGGGAAUUCAGACUUUCUGGAAUACGUUCUGGUUCGAACGGAGAUAGAUACAUUGUUGCUGCCAUUGUUGGAGACACUUUAUGACACUUCAAGGAGAACAUCGAACCAAAUAUAUAUGGUGCUGAUUAUUCUGCUGAUACUUAGUCAAGAUGCUUCUUUUAAUGCUACCAUACACAAGCUGAUUCUCCCUUCUGUUCCGUGGUAUCAAGAACGCCUACUUCAUCAAACAUCGCUUGGUUCUCUCAUGGUCAUCAUUCUAAUUAGGACAGUGAAGUACAACAUGUCUAAGAUGCGGGAUGUUUAUCUACAUACCAAUUGCCUUGCAGCAUUGGCUAACAUGGCUCCACAUGUGCAUCGGCUAACCGCAUAUGCCUCACAAAGCCUCGUUAGCCUUUUUGAAAUCUUGUCACGCAAAUAUGCAAAACUAGCAGAGCUAAAGAACGAUAAAAUGCAAAUGAGUGAUAGUGACCCAAAGGAUGAUGAUAAACUUCCUGAAGAUACGUCAGCAGAAUUGCAUAUAUAUACCGACUUCCUCAGGAUCGUUUUGGAAAUACUCAAUGCAAUUCUGACCUACGCGCUGCCGAGGAACCCAGAGGUGAUUUAUGCAAUUAUGCACAGGCAGGAGGUUUUUCAGCCUUUCAGGAAUCAUCCGCGCUUCAAUGAGUUGCUUGAGAACAUAUUUUCAGUCUUGGACUUCUUCAAUAGCCGCAUGGAUGCUCAAAAGUUAGAUGGCGAAUGGUCCGUUGAGAAAGUGUUUCAAGUUAUUAACGUAAAUUGCAGAUCUUGGCGUGGAGAUGGGAUGAAGAUGUUCACUCAACUACGGUUCACAUAUGAGCAAGAAAGCCAUCCCGAAGAGUUCUUCAUUCCAUAUGUGUGGCAGUUAGUAAUCUCUCGCAGUGGUUUCAGUUUCAAUCCCAGUAGCAUAAACUUAUUCCCUAUCGAGCUGCCUGUGGAGGUUAGCAAUGCUAUGGAGGAGAGGAAUGCCGACCAAAAUAUGCAGUUAAAUGCGAAGGAGGCUGUGGAAUCAUCUGUUUGACAGACCGCUAUCGUUUUAUGUAAAUACACAGAGGGAAAAAUAAAGCUUAUAUAUAAAUAAACGUAUACUAGUCAUGAUUUUUCUACACAAGUUUUGACAGUUAGAUGUAAUUCUUGUAGCCAAAAUCAUUCAAGUAGUGAUAUUAUUGAGGUGUUUUUCAUUUUGUAACAUGCCGGAAUAUGUUAAAAAGAAGUGGAAUUAUCUUUGCUCAAAA